AUGUCAAUAUCAGUUGAUAGUAACAAUCUUAGUUUUGUUAACGAUUUGAAUCCUGGGAAAGAUAUGUGGAACAUGAAAACGAGAAUUAUUCGAAAAUGGAAUCAGGGUUACAAGAUGGAUCUCAUCUUCAUUGAUGGAAAGGGUGCUAAGAUUCAAGCAGGUAUUAAGAGUCAUCUGAUACAUGUUUUUGAUGGACAACUUCAAGAAGAUGCUGUUGUGAUUCUGGCGAAAUUUGGUGUUGGUAAGAAUAAAGAUUUAUAUAAAGUAGUAGUGCUGCCUUAUAAAACCAACUUUUAUAGAUGCACAACUGUUACUCCUGUGAGAGAUUGGCAAGGUGUUGAGUAUGGUUUCAACUUCAGAGCUUAUGUAGAUAUUCUUCAAGGAGAGGCGUUAAAAGCUUUGAGUGUUGGUAGUAUGUUGCUGGAUCUGUGGUUUGUUGUGGAGAUCUUGAAAUCUUUGAUCGACCUCCAAAGGAGACUAAGAAGAUCAAUUUCGAUAUUGAAGACUAGGAAGAUUUGUAAAGAAAUGAUUAAGGACUUCAUCUCUAAAAUCCCACCUCAUGAGCAUGUGAUGGCUGUUAUACAGCAUGGAAAGUGUAAGGAGUGGAAAGUUCAAAGUGAUAAGUUUGCAACACGAAUUUUUCUGAAUGACGAAAUUGAUGAAGUUAAUGAGCUAAGGAGGAGAAGUCUUAUACUGAAGUUUGGACAAGGGAGUGGUUCAACUUCUCAAACAAUACUAUCGUCUUAG